AUGGCGCCAUUACGAUGUUGCAUACGUUGCAUAUUCCGAGGCGAAUCCCGAUAUCGGGUAGUUGAAAGGGACAAUUUGCUACAUAAACAGGGCGAUGACGGAAGAGAAAUCGAAUUGCUGCGCUAUAUAUACAACCUGCCUAAUUUUGAAGAGCUUCGAGGGUCUCCCCCAAAUGUCAUAGCCGCAAUCGAUCAAUAUGCGAGACAGAAAAAUUACCUCAUGAACGUCGGCUCGGCUAAAGGUUCCAUCGUCACCGACUUGAUAGCUGCAGCUAAACCGAAGGUAAUGGUUGAACUAGGAGGCUAUGUAGGGUAUUCUACCGUCCUCUUCGGGGAUGCAGCUCGCCGCGCGGGAGGGGAGGUAUACUAUAGUUUGGAAAGAAACCCUGUUUUCGUUGCAGUUUCUAGAAUGCUGUUGGACCUGGCUGGGCUUGGCGAUUUUGUCAAAGUCAUCACUGGAACUAGCGAUGUCUCUCUUUUCAACCUGAAGAGCAGCGGCAUGAUUAGUCACAUCGAUAUGCUGUUUCUGGACCAUUAUAAACCAGCAUACGUAGCUGAUUUGAAGCUCUGCGAGCAGCUUGGCAUGAUCCUGCCUGGGAGUGUUUUGGCAGCAGACAAUGUCAUCUCUCCUGGCAACCCACCAUACCUUAAAUACGUGCGGAGCAGCGUCGAGGAAAAGAGAGCGACGGCGGCCAAUUCAGCACCAUCAAGAGGGUACGAUGUUGAUGGAUUUUCCACUACCGUCGUCAACCGCUAUGGAAACACAAGAGAUAAGGCAUUGGCGGCAGUUGACAUUUUUGGCAACCCAAAUUUGAUCUAUGAGAGCAAGCUGGUAAAUAGCUUUGAGCCUACCGGAGAACCUGAUGGAGUGGAAAUAACUCGAUGCGUUGGAAUUGACAAAAGGCCUGAUAGUAAACUCUAGGGUGGUUAGUGAUACCAAGCGAGGUCUUGGAAAGAAGUAACAGGAGAUAUUGAUGGCCCGAUGAAACAUCGGAGGUUGGUGUUCGGGAUGACGCCAAGUUUUCAAACACGGCAAGGCUCGGGACAUUACACUAGUGGUGGGGUUUACUCCGCGUUAGUUGCCCCUGCUAUUUUUCAGACGUCAGAGAUCUCGCAAGCCGAAAUUAAAUUCAGUAGCUAGUUUACUAGGGUG